AUGACUAAUAAACGAGAGGUAGUCCUCAACCCCUUUUUGACAUCAAUGCAAAAACGCAUUAUAAAAAUACAUUACAUUGGUCAAACUCCAAUACUGACCGUUGGCGACCCUGAGCUAAUCAAGAGCAUCCUGGUGAAAGAUUUUCACAUAUUCUCCGAUCGCUCAAACGUCAGAAAAGCAAACAAUUUCAUAAACAGAAGUAAUUUGUUUCGUUUGACUGGCGAUGACUGGAAACGGGUCCGGAGUAUAGUGUCGCCAACAUUUAGUUCCGGCAAAAUGCACAAAAUGUACCCAAAAAUUCGGGAAUGUGUCGGCGAUCUGAUGAACCACUUGGAAAGCCUGACACUCACUAAUAGGGAAAUGGAUGCAAAACUAAUCUUUGGUAGCUAUACCAUGGAUGCGAUAGCUACCUGUGCAUUCGCUAUCAAGACUAAUAUAUACGGCAACCCUGAUAAUCCGUUUUUGACAAAUGCUGUCCAUACGUUUGAGCCCAAUAUCGUGCAAGAGUUGGCAACACUACUACUGCCCACAACUGUCAUGAAAUGGUUGCAGAAGUUUAUGAAGAAAAAUACGACCAUUUUCUUCGUGAAAGCUAUUCAAGAG